GCCAACUUAUAUCUGGACUAUGCAGAUGAAUGGGUCCACUCCGUUUUUGACCCAAUGCACCUGUCGGGCAUUGGUAACUACUGGCGAGUGACGGCCGUAGCGCUGAUUGUACACUGGCUGAUCAUUUCCCACUUUAACAGCCCGGGCUUAAUGAAAUCGGAUGGACGGGUACGACACGCAUUUCGAGCAUUCUUGCCGUGGGUGUUGGGCUACUAUAUCUGGGACAUGAGCUACGGGUUCACAUACUUGAUCCAUGCCUUUUUGGGUGUCUUUGGCAUUUUGGUGUUGACAUCGCGGCAGCUGCAGUUUUAUGCGAUUCCGUUUUUGCUUCCUGAGCUCUCGGAUUCGCUGGUGUACAAGGCCAACUUUGUACUGUUUUUAAUUACCUACGUUGGGAUUCGCAUUGGGUAUGAGAUGUACCAGUCGUUUGGUUGGCGGUUGCAGUUUAUCGCGGCGAAAUCGGCAAUGUGUAUUAUCCGUUUGCAGUUUACUUUGCAGUGCUUGGGAUUACCUGACGGUGCUUAAUUUAUCUGGCUGAAGCAGAUUAUCAAUGCUGCCCAUACAUGUUGUUCGGAAAUCGAAGGACAGCAAAAAGACCGAGUGAUACAACCUUACAUUUUUCUAUGGGCUCGGAAUUUCGCUUGCUCGGUUGUUCAAAUAAACAAAAUAUAUUUGACGUUUAAAGUCAGUAAAUC